AUGUCCCCCGUUGAAGAAUUAAAGGAGUAUAUUCACAAGUUGCAGGAUCGUGUCACCGAGCUGGAAAUCAAGGCCGGUGUCCUGCCAGAGCCAAAGCUGCCAGCUGCUAUUCGCAUGGUCUUGAUCGGCCCUCCAGGUGCUGGUAAGGGAACCCAAGCUCCAAACCUUAAGGAGAAGUUCUGUGCCUGUCAUUUAGCAACCGGUGAUAUGUUGCGUUCUCAGGUUCAACAAAAGACCGAGUUAGGAGUUGCCGCCAAGAAGAUCAUGGAUCAAGGUGGCCUUGUCUCCGACGAAAUCAUGGUUAACAUGAUCAAGGCCGAAUUGGACUCAAAUCCAGAGUGCCAAAAGGGCUUCAUUUUGGACGGUUUCCCUCGUACUAUUCCUCAGGCUGAGAAGCUAGACUCAAUGCUGGUUGAGAGCAACAAGCCUUUGCAGAAGGCUGUUGAAUUGAAGAUUGACGAUGAAUUGUUGGUCUCCAGAAUCACCGGCCGUCUGGUCCACCCCGCCUCUGGUCGUUCAUACCACCGUGAAUUUAACCCACCAAAGAAGGAUAUGACUGACGAUAUCACUGGUGAGCCUUUGGUUCAACGUUCCGACGACAACGCUGAUGCUUUGAAGAAACGUUUGGUGACCUACCACCAGCAAACCGAGCCCAUUGUUGAGUACUACCGUAAGCGUGGUAUCUGGGCUGGCAUUGAUGCUUCUCAAUCCCCUAAGCAAGUUUGGGGUGAUAUUCUCAAAUGUCUACGCAACUAA